AAAGAGAAACAGAGAGAGAAACAUGAUGAGAGUAUCAUUGAUCGGCUGCCUCCUGCAUACCCCCUACUGGGGAUCGAGCCCGCAAUCGGGCAUGUGCCCUUGGCCGGAAUCGAACCUGGGACCCUCAGUCCGCAGGCCCACGCUCUACCCACUGAGCCAAAUCGGCCAGGGCCUGGGGCUUGUUUUUUUAAAAAAUUAUUUUAUUGCUUAAAGUAUUACAAAGAGUAUAACAUAUGUCUCCUUUUGGGUCUUGGUUUUAAAGAUCUACCUGAAGCCAGGCUCCUCGGGGGAGCCCCACGCUCUGGGGGCGUCGGCACAGCGCACCGAUGCAGGCAGCGGACGCGCAGCCCACCGGCGCUCUAGGCUCCCGCCCAAACCCGCGCGCCUUGGUCCCCCAGGCCCGGCGCCAGACCCCCGGCCAGGCGGGGUUAUUGCGCAGUUGCUGGUGCCCACGGGGCCGAGAGGAACACCAAGGUCAGAGCGCGCGGCUGAGCCCGGGAGGGAGGCGCGGCCGGUGCCUUCGGCUGCAGCGCCGGGAGCCCGGGAGCCCGCCGGGAGCGGCGGUCUAUUCACUUCUCUCUUUGCUGCUUCUCAACAGCCGCCCUGAGGGCGCAGAGUCGCAGGGUCUCCCCGGCAGCUGCGCCCCGCGCCGGGCGGGGGAGCGGGGACAGGGACUCAUGCUCCUCCCGGUCCCCCAAGCCUUGGUCUCGGAGUCUCCCCACUUCUCUGCCGCCAACACCCCAUUCCUCGGCUCGUUGCCCUCCCCACUCCCUUCCGGCUCGCUGGCGCGUCCCCGUCCCUCUCCGUGGCCUCGGUUCCUUUCACCCUCUGCUCCUGCUUGUCGCAAUCGCUGUACAAAGGGCCGUGGGGCGGGGGCAAGGGGGGCCGUGGGGGGCGGACGAGGGGAGCCAGGCCCGAACUGGCUGCCUCUUCGGGGCCGUGGCCAAUCCGGAGAGCGCCCCCCCGCGCGGGAGGGCUCUGGGCAGCCGCCCGCCGCCGGGCGGAGCCGCGGGCAGAGCGGGGAACUGGCGGAGGGGACAGCCCCAUCGCCUGCCGCCGCCCGCCACCCGCCACCCGCCGGGGACGCUCCUGCCUCGCCAUGCCGCCGUGGGGCGCCGCCCUCGCCCUGCUCCUGGCCGCGAUCGCCCUGCUCGGCCUGCUGGCCCCCAGGCUGCGGCGCCUCGGGAGGCGCGCCGUCGGAGCCAGGACCCUGCCGGGGGCCGGGGGCCCGGACGACGAGGAGGAGGCGGACGGCGGAGGCCCGGCGGACCAGUUCGGCCACGGGCGCGAGCCGCUGCCCGGCGGGUGCAGGCUCAUCUGUAAGCCGUCGGCGCUGGCGCAGUGCCUGCUGCGCGCCUUGCGACGCUCGGCGGCGCUGGAGCCGGGCCCGCGCUCCUGGCUCUCGGGGCCCCACCUGCAGACCCUCCGCCACUUCGUGCUGCCGGCGGGCCCGGGGCCGGAGCUGGCCCGGGAGUACCUGCAGUUGGCCGACAACGGGCUGGUGGCCCUGGACUGGGUCGUGGGACCUUGCGCCCGGGGCCGUCGAGUCACCAACGCCGGGGGCCUGCCGGCGGUGCUGCUGGUGAUCCCCAAUGCGUGGGGGCGCCUCACCCGCAACGUGCUCGGCCUCUGCAUGCUCGCCCUGGAGCGCGGCUACUACCCUGUCAUCUUCCACCGCCGCGGCCACCACGGCUGCCCGCUGGUCAGCCCCCGGCUGCAGCCCUUCGGGGACCCUUCCGACCUCAAGGAGGCGGUCACUUACAUCCGCUUCCGACACCCCGCGGCCCCGCUGUUCGCGGUGAGCGAGGGCUCCGGGUCGGCGCUGCUGCUGUCCUACCUGGGCGAGUGUGGCUCCUCCAGCUACAUGACGGGGGCCGCCUGCAUCUCGCCGGUGCUGCGCUGCCGCGAGUGGUUCGAGGCCGGCCUGCCCUGGCCCUACGAGCGGGGCUUCCUGCUCCACCAGAAAAUCGUCCUCAGCAGGUACACCACGGCCCUGGAGGACACAGUGGACACCCACAAACUGUUCAGGAGCCGCUCCCUGCGAGAGUUUGAGGAGACCCUCUUCUGCCACACCAAGAGUUUCCCCAUCAGUUGGGACGCCUACUGGGACCACAACGACCCCCUCCGGGACGUGGACGAGGCCGCCGUACCUGUGCUGUGUAUCUGCAGCGCGGAUGACCCCGUGUGCGGGCCCCCGGACCACUUUCUGCCCACUGAACUCUUCCACAGCAACCCCUACUUCUUCCUCCUGCUCAGUCGCCAGGGCGGCCACUGUGGGUUCCUGCGCCAGGAGUCUCUGCCGGCGUGGAGCCACGAGGUUAUCUUGGAGUACUUCCGGGCCUUGACUGACUUCUUCCGAACAGAGGAGAGGAUAAAAGGGCUGAGCAAGCACCGCGGCUCAUUACUAGGGGGCCGGCGUCGCUGGGGAACCCUGCAGAAGCGAGAGGUCUCUCCCUCGUCCAGCCUGGAUGAGAUCUUUAGCUGGAAGCGAUCGUAUACCAGGUGAGACCCAGUCGGAGAGCACCCUAUCCUGCACGGGGAACAGAGGGCUGAGUGGGGCAAGCAGCUGUAGCUCUUUGCCACUGAUUCAGCCCUUUCUUCUUUUCUGGUCUGUGGAGAGAUAGAGCUCCCAGCUAGCUGCUACUUACUUGACCCUGAGCAGAGCUCCUGCCCGGGCUCUGCUGCACACAUUCCUGCUCAUCCUGGUCAGCAGCUGGGUAUUUCUGGUCAUUGUCUCCUGUCACCGACCACGUCAGCCAAACACUAGCACCAUUUAAACCCACGGACUCAGGAUAACAUGCUCUCUUGCCAGCAGUGACUACAAGAAGACGAGUUUCUGUGUCAUUGGGCAGCUCUGCCCACAUAAAUAAUCAGCUCUGUGACCCUGAUGCUCAAGCUGAAGCCACUUCUGUAGUGAGGACAGGAAGUUUGCGUCUCGGUCCCACUUCCCUCAUUUCAUUCUGCGGAUGUGGCACCCUGCUGACUUCAUGCACAUCAUGGACGUGGCCUCGAAGAGCCACGUGGCUGCAUCUGCCUUGAGUGAGAGAGAGAAAGGCGGCAGCGGCCCUCAGUGCAGUGCUGAGCUGGGGUCAGUAAGGCCAAAAGGGAGAGACGGCGAAUGCCUGUCUGGAAUACUAAGGCCCGUCUUCUGCAAGUUUUCAUUGGGAACGGAGCUGAUCUGAGGCUUCAGCCUAGGACCUCAAGCCUCACUGGACAGAUCCCAAGGAUGAUUUUAGGAACAGGAAGUCCUCGAAAACCGUCUACUAGACCAUGGCUCAAGAAGCCAGACUCUCAGGCACUUUAGCUGCUCCCUCUGGUACCAUUUCUGGGGAUUAUUACUCCAGAGAGCUCUGGCCAGAGCUGCUUUUCUCUUGGGACGUGGGCUUUCUCUAAGUGGUGAAAAGUAUAAACCUCGUAUCUUAGGUGUUGUCUUGGUUAGCUGCCCUCUUUUCUGACACUACUAGUAGCCUCUCCAUCUCCGGAACCUGGAGAAACAUCUGGGACCAGGGAAAACAAAACGUUCCAAGAUGUUGGCUAGAACUGACUCAGUAAUUUAUAAAUAUUUCACAUUACUAUGCGUUUUCUGCUCAAUUAUUCCAAAGGCCAUUCAUGUAGAUGAUGCAGAAAGAGCUUCUUCCUGGAUCUGUGUGGGGUGUUUGGUUUUAUGAGGAAUAAUGCUGAAGUGCAGUGUAAAGUAAGGUGUUGUACACAUUGACCCAGGUGUCCUGGUAUGGGUUAGACCAUUAAACAAUACAACAGGACAUCUGAUUUCAUGUGCUGCUAAGAGCUUUGUCCUGAAGUUUUAUUUUACUUCGUCAUUGAGAAAGAGGGCAUCUGUUUUGACUGGAAGCUUCAUCCUUGCCUCACAAACAGCAAAGCAAGUUUAAAGGGAAGAGAUAUUUACUGAAGCCAUGUCCUAAGACAAGGACUUCCUGGGGCCAUGAUUUCAGGUUUGGAUAAUCUUAAGCCUUAUUCUUCUAGAUCAAAGAAGAAGAGACUGAACUACCCAAGAAUCUAAACUGGAGUGCAGACAACAUUCAAUUGUCUAAGGCACAUUAGGCACAUUCUCCUGUCAUGAAAAAAAAUGACCCCCCUCCUUUCCCAUGUCUUGCUCCUCCGCACACUCCUCAUCUAAAGGUCUUUCACUGUUUCUGAGCAGGAGGAAUAACAAGGAACUGAAAUCUAAAGAAGCCGUUCACUGCUGGUUAACAGCCUCCGUGUGAGGCUUGGUGCAGAACUGCUGGCAUCAGCCCCCUACCCCCAACAUUAGGUACAGUGGGAACUUCAGUUAAUUAGAGGCCCACAGUCCCAUAUGCAGGACCCUAGGAUCACUCCAAACUGCAGAAUGGGAAGCCGCCCACUGGUUUUAAACACCCCUGUUUCUGGCUUAAAUGGCCUGCAAAGUCUAAAUCUGUAUUGCCAGGUACCCCAGAACUCUGGUUCUUUAAGAUAAUAGUUUUUUGAGAAGUCAUGGUUGGUGUCCCUUUCCUUUUAUAGGAAAGUCUGCAGGAAUAUUACAUAUAUUCAGAUAGACAGGACAGUUCUAGUCCAGGCUCCAUUAAUUCCCUUAGGUCCACAAUCCUAAUGACCUAAAGCAACAAUUUUUAACUUUUUCAUCUCACAGCACACAUAAAUUAUUAAAAUUCUUCAGCACACCAAAAAUAUAUUUUUGACGAUCUGAAAAAAUAGAUACGAUUUUGAUUUAUAAAAAUAACUAGAGAUUUUAUUAUCUAAUUUGUGUACGGAUGGGGUCCGGCCGGCUCGCCCCAAUCGGGGACAGUUGGGCCAGGCCAGCUGUGGGGAGGGUCCAUGGGCAUGUGGUGGGCCGAUUGAGGGCAGGGCUGGCAGGGGGAGAGGCCACCAGCCAGCCCCACCCCCUGGUUGAACUCCAGGUCGAGGGGACAAUUUGCAUAUUAGCCUUUUAUUAUAUAGAAUAAUAAUACUGAUUAUUUACCCUUUUUGCUCCAAAAUGACUUUUUAAAAAAUCAGGCGUCUAUACUUGUAUAUAAAGAUUUCUGGUACCAAGAAUUAACCAAUCAGAUGCAAACUUAUUAUGCAACAUAACCAACAAGAUGCAAUUCUAUUAUAUGACCUAUAUAUUCAUGGUUCAAGACACAACAUUCAUACCAGACAGCUGUUGUUGUGUUGGCUGUUGUCAUUUUUUAAUUUGACAGUUGAAGGGAAUAGAGGUCAGUGUCUCUGACUAAAGAGUUGAGUAUUGCACAUUUUAGAAAUUUCUUGCGGCACGCAGGUUGAAAAUCACUGACCUAAUCCCUUAAGUAUUUCUCCAUUUCCCUUGUGCCAGAUGUGCUCAUAGCCUAUCUCCAGAAGUUGCUUAUCUCUCAUCUUCCCUUCGCUGCUUGAUGACAAUCACUGCUUUUUAGCUCACUUUUGCCAAGAAAGUAUAGCUCCUGUUCAAACAGGUUUGGGUGACCCUGUCUUUCAGUCUCACGAUAAAGGAAUCACCCAAAUGGCUCUGCUUUGGUUAGUGACUAAUUAUAUGAAAUCGGCUUGCGGAACCCCAGAGACACUGUUCUGAGAGAGUGUGUGGCCCGUGAACAAAAUGACAACUUACGAGUUUGAGAAAGCAAGAAGCAAACAUUAACAAAACCAAACCCAAAGGACUGCUGAGUUGAAGUUUUCCAGGUAGCAAGGCUUUAGCCACCCUCGCAGGCCUCAUUCACUUGCCUGACACCCUUUUGGUCUUUUCACUAUUUAUGAACACCUUCAAGUGACGAGAAAGAAAAGCCCACUGAUGUAAAGGAGGAGUUAUCUCAGAAGUGGAGACUGAGUCCUGUCUCCACUCAUUGUUUCAAGAUGCAGGAAGCAGACAACUGUCUCUGAAGGUUUAAGUUCUAAGUUCAGCCAUCUGACACCGAAGACUGUGCUAAGCUAUAAUUUCUCUUAAAGACUUAGUAUUUUAUGUAUUUAUACAUAGGUUUCUGGGGUGGCUUGGCUGGAGUCAAAGGUAUGAAAAACAAAGCACAAAAUCCUCACUCUGAGAAGACACAAUUUCUGUUUUGAAUGAAGGUAUCCUUUCUAAGACUUGAGUAUUGUUAGAAAAGAGGCCUUGACACAGGAAGUGUUAUCUUGCCUUUAUAUAUAAAACCUCAAAACCACCCGGACACAGAAGCUCCUCUGUCCUCACCUUCCAUCCAGACCACAAGAUCCUUUGUGUCAGUCACUCUGAGUAAUGCCAAACUCUCUUGCUUUACAAAUGAACUUUAGCAUGAAUUCCUCUCCUUGCUUAAACAAGCAGACACACUUGGCCACUUUGGUAGGCCUUGGUAACAAUGCCAAUAGAAGUAUUUUUGUGAUUCUUCAGCCAAACCACAAAGGAUGGCAUCAGAAAUUGCAUUCACUAGUUACCACAAUUGGAAGAGAUGAGAUUGAGUUGUACCUAGAGAAUAUCCGAACGCUCGGAUAUGGGAUGAAUGCCUCAGGAAACAGUAAGUUCCACAUCAGAUGUGGGAUAGACAAACUAGACUGCCACUUGGCACACAUUAUGGAGGGGACACGUGCCAAGAAAUAAGGUGGCCCAAGUUACAUAUAAGCUCUCUUCUCAUCUGAGAGUCUGUGAGUUAAAAUAGUGCUCACAGUGGGUUGUAAAGACUUUUGGUUGCUUUAUGGGUUUGAGGAUCAGGAGAUCACAGACCUAGGAGUUGGGAGAUAACAAAGAUCUU